CUGUUCUUUUUCUCUCUCUCUGAAAUUCUCUCACCGGGCUUCCUCUGCAACACUUCAAUUUGAACCCUUGAAUCAUCGAGGGAACACUAUAGAUAGAGUCACUCUAUCAACCCUCGAGCCAGAAACCCGGCUCGAGAUCUGCUCGUUUAUACCGUUCUUUUCCGUCAAUAAAGAUCUGGCUGGAUUAAUCACAUCGGGCGUUUUCCUGAUUUCAAAAUUGAUUUAAGAAUAUGUCUUCGUUGCUCAAAAGUGAUUCUAUUCAAAUCCGUGAUGUUUGGAACGAUAAUCUUGAGGAAGAAUUUGCACUGAUUCGUGAAAUUAUUGAUGAUUACCCAUAUGUAGCGAUGGAUACAGAGUUUCCAGGUGUUGUUCUUCGCCCAGUUGGUGCUUUUAAGAACAUCAAUGACUACAACUAUCAGACGUUAAAGGAUAAUGUUGAUAUGUUGAAGUUGAUUCAGUUGGGUUUUACAUUUUCAGAUGAGAAUGGAAACUUACCCACUUGUGGAACUGAUAGAGGUUGCAUUUGGCAGUUCAAUUUUCGCGAAUUCAAUGUUAUGGAAGAUAUUUUUGCUAAUGAUUCAAUUGAGCUGCUGAAGCAAUGUGGAAUUGAUUUCAAGAAGAAUUCGGAGAAGGGAAUUGAUUCAAAUCGAUUUGCAGAGCUCUUGAUGUCAUCUGGAAUCAUUCUGAAUGAUGGUGUCCAAUGGGUGACCUUUCACAGUGGUUAUGAUUUUGGGUAUUUGCUAAAGUUAUUGACUUGCAAAAGUUUACCUGAAACUCAAUCUGGGUUCUUCGAGCUGAUCUUUACAUAUUUCCCUAUGGUUUAUGACAUCAAACAUCUGAUGAAAUUCUGUAACAGUCUUCAUGGUGGAUUGAACAAACUUGCUGAGCUUUUGGAAGUUGAGAGGAUUGGGAUUUGCCAUCAGGCAGGUUCUGAUAGUUUACUCACUUCAUGCACAUUCAAGAAGUUGAAGGAUAAUUUCUUCAAUGGAUCUACAGUCCAGUACUCUGGUGUUCUUUAUGGUCUUGGUGUUGAAAAUGGUUCAGAGAAAUAAAUGUUUGUUUGAACUAGUAGGAUUAAUUAAUGACUUGUCUUUGUACACAAUUUGGGUAGAAAUUUGUGUUCUUAUUUUCAAUGUUUGGCUUCUUUCUUCUAUGUUGUAAACUUGAUGAUUACUGUAAAAUAUUACAGUUAGCAGUAUCUCAAAUUCUCAAUAAGAGCCUUAAUAUUUAA